AUGUCGCGCUUCGGCCACGACAUCCUCUCCGUCUUCAAUGUCGCUUCAAGUAACAAGGAUUUCCUCGCCGACGUCAUCGAAUCCGGCCAGACACCAGCCGAUGAUUUUGAGGACAUUUUCAAGGAGAGUCUGUUAGCAGGCGCUCAGGAUUGGAAUUAUUUAGUUGAAUGCGCCACCUCUAUGCAACGAGCUCGCCGAUACGACAAAUACAGCACAGAAGCCCAAGAUCUUCUCGCAUAUGUACGGCACGCACUGGAAGGACGGGUCCUUCCGUCGCACUCAGACUCGGGGACGGAGACGGAGUCGCCAUGGGAGAUGACCGAUAGACUUAUCGCCCAAGCAAAAGAGCUUGAAGGCGACCCUGGAGUCCACCAGCCACAAAUUCCCGGGCGGAUUGAUAACCAGCAACUCUUGCAGCAGCCUGGGCUGGAGGCUUCAUCAAACAAAAGGAACCUCUCCAAAACUUCUCCUUAUUGGUCCGACCAACCUCAAGAGACGCUUCCUAAUGAGAGCCGCAAGUGGAGUGCUCCAAUGGCGUCGAUGUUUGAACCUUCACAAACAUAUACCUCUGCGUUAGCACAAACAAAUAGCAUAUUUCAAGCUCCGAGUCUCGGUAGCCUCGCUGUCGAGCAGGGUUCCCCGCAAGAUGUCACCAUGAGAGAUAAGGAUAAGACUACUAGAAGUGUCAAGCCCAACAGUGCUAUCUCCCCAUUCUUCACAGACGCCUCGGCUUCUGGCUCAGUGGCACAGAAGCGACCGCCGAGCGGGACUGUACCUUCGGUCCCUUUUGCACCUCUUACAUCACCGAGCUUUGGUCUCAUUCAAGAGGACCUCGCCCAUGAACCGUUCUGGCUGCUCGUUGCUGUCUCGUUCCUCAUCAAAACGAAGGGUGUACAUGCCAUCCCCACGUUCUAUAAAUUCAAAGAGCGAUUUCCAACUCCUGCAGAUGUCGCCUCUACACAGAAUGGCGAUGCGAUUAUUGCGAUGAUACGCCAUCUUGGACUCGCUCACCAUCGUGUAACAUUGGUGCAAAAUAUUGCUCGGGGGUUCUUGGAUGACCCGCCAGCUGCUGAGAAGCUGUACAAGGUGAAGAACUAUGAUUGUAGAGAUGUUGAACUUACACCACGCUCAGCUGAACUCAACGGAUAUGCACCAUUCUCGAAGAGAGGCGGCGAUGGAGACCUGGAGGCGUGGGAGAUCGGACAUCUUACACAAGGCAAGUAUGCUAUAGACAGUUGGCGUAUCUUUUGUCGGGACGAGUUGCUCGGCCGAGCAGAAGACUGGAAGGGAAAAGGCAAAAAACCUGAGUUCCAGCCCGAAUGGAUGAGGGUUCACCCUAAUGAUAAAGAACUCCGGGCAUAUCUCAGGUGGAUGUGGAUGAAAGAGGGUUGGGAAUGGGAUCCAACCACAGGCAAACGUAUCGUCCUGAGGGAAGAGAUGCGCAAUGCUGUCAAUGAAGGGAGAAUUGAGUAUGAUAACACAGGCGGGUUGAGGGUGGUGGAUAAAGGUACAGAGUAUCCAGUCGAUCCGGCUUUGACACAGGCUUAG